CUGUGUUGAUAAUCUGAAUUCUUACCUACUACUGCUGAUUUUUUAAUUUUUCAUAGAGAAAAAAAUGAAUUGAAUUUAUAAAGCAAUGUUUGCUUGCUGCUUGUUGUUUUUCAUAUACAAGAGUUCUUUUAGAGGCCACCAACUCCCAUUUUCUUUCUGAGCUGGUGGUUAUUGGCUGUUUUUUCUGCUAAGGAUAACUAAGCGUAUCUAUUCUAAGACAUAAUUCCAAUGUUUACUAUUAUGGAUAGUCAAAACCGCAAACGGGCCAGGAUGGUAAACUCGCCAGCCUCGCACAAUGAUUGCUUGCAGGGAAUAGCUGCUUCAACUGGAUCGGGAUCCACUACACUGGCAAUAGGGGGACAAAGUUUUAUUUUAAGUAAUGCGGGUACAUCGUCAUCGCUUCCCGCCAAUAUUUUAUUGUCUAUAUGUGAUGAUAAUUCGGAUGAAUCAGAGGAGUACAUAAUUGAUAGCUCAGUAUUGCAACAAAUCAAACAGGAGAGCAAUGUGGUCACACAAACUACACCAUCCAGCAAUACCACACAACAACAGCAGCAGCCAGCCUCAGCCCAGUUGCUGACCACAGUGCCACAGUAUCGUAUAAUAAAUCAAUCAUCAGGGAAAUCUCUUCUGAAUCACAAUAACAAUACUUCAUUUACCUCGACAACAGCUCCCACAACCACUCUGGUCAGUUCCAUACCAGCUAUGCAAUUGUCUAGUGGCUGUGAAAUUUAUGUUAUAAAGGAAGUUGUAGAACAACAGCCUCCCAAACAAUUGCUGGCUGACACUGCUAUACCUGGCAAGCUACUGGGCAAUACAGGCAAUACCAUAAAGCUGGAACCCAUAUCACCUGCCUCUGCGGCCACAGCUGCAGGUUCUUUGCAAAUAUUGCGUACCAGCUCUUCCGCCACGUCAUCCAAUACACAUGCCCAAACACAACCCCAACAACAAUCAAUUGCCUCGAAUCUAUGCCAAAACUCAAUAGUGGUGAAUACAACAGAUCUAUCACCACAACCGGAACAGGACUCAACCAAACGAAGUUUGAUUCUAGAAGCCUAUAAAAAACGUGAUGACAAACGUCGUGCCACUCACAAUGAAGUGGAACGAAGGCGCCGUGAUAAAAUCAAUAGCUGGAUAUUUAAGCUGAAAGAAAUGUUGCCCUCAGACAUGAAUAAUGUUGUUGGCACCACACAUACGAAAGAUGGUUUAAAUAACACAAAUGCCACCUCGACGUUGUCUCCAACGUCAAGACUUUUAAUACAACAAGGCUCAACAACACCUACAACAACCCGUACGCCACCCAGUGAUUCAAAAUCUCAGAUAUUAAUAAAAGCGUGUGAAUAUAUAAAAUCAAUGCAAGAGGAGAUUCAAAGCCUCCGCGAGUGCCUUACGGAAAAUGAAAAUUUACGUCUGAGCAAUCAACUCUUACAAGAUGAAUUAAACAAUUUGCGCAAUAAACAACAAACGCGACAGCAUAAAAAUCUAAAUAAUAACAACAAUAACAUUAACAGCAAUAACAACAACAACAACAACAACCGCAGCAGCAACAAUGCACUUUUACUUAACACCCAAAGUGAUGAUGAUGAAUGUGAACUAACUCUAAACUCUCUCAAUACCACUUAUGCCAAUGUGCAACUUUUCUCACCCAAUUCUAAUCUAGCGGCCAUGAUAGGUCCAACGACGAUCAAUACGACAACAACAACAAGCGCAUCAGCAACCUCAAACUCGGGUAUUAUAUAUGCCAAACGUGAACUAAUUAUAAGGGAUUAUGUGGAUUAGAUAUAUGUACAUAUGUGCUACACUAGGUAUGUAAUUGAAGAAAGAGCAGCAGCCAGCAGAAGCUCGACUGCCGAGAUAUAAACGAAUAAUGAUGAUCAUUAUUAUAAUGAUAAUGAUGAAUAGUUGAAUUUUUACAGGAUAAACCACAAAUCGAAAACUAAAAAACAACUGAAAACACAAAGUAUAUAAAGUAAAGAACGAUUUUAUGUAGUUAAUUUAGUAAUUACUUUGAAACAACUUAGAAUUUUUUGUAUUUUUUAUAUAGUGAUAUUUUUUGUUAAUUUAAUUUUUUUUUUUUAAUUUUGAUUUCUACGAAGAAGAUGGCUGCAAGAGGCAAGAUGUUAUGUUAUGAUUAUAUAUCAUCAGACUGUUUUUACAUGACUAAAGGCUUUACAAAUUAGACAGGAUUAAUAAGGAGAUAACUAUAUAGUAUUUUUGCCAGAUAUUGGUAGUGUUAACCCAUACUAACCAAUGUUGCCAAAAUAUCUGUUGUACGAACUGAUCUUAGCUUUAAACUCGAGCAUUUUCUAUGGGUAACUAGUCAGACGGGUAUAUAGAUCCAUUUAUAUGUAGCCAAGUAUAAAGAACGCUCAUACAUCUGGCCAUACCCCACACAAAAUUUAACCCGUAUGAGGACAAACCCCUCAAGGUUGCCAGUAUUUUACCGUCCCUUGUCCUCAAAUUUCGAAUCAAUAAAUAAACCCCAACAUAUUUUGAAAGGUUUUCUAUGAAAAAAAAUUUGUAUUCAUUUCUUGGACAAAAAAAAGAUAAAUGAGUUUUAUCUAAGAACAUGCCACAAGCAGAAUUCUUCUCUCUAUGUUUCGCUGUUUGCGUCGUUUGCAUUUUCUAAAAAUCCAUAUUCUCUUUCCCGUAAAGGAAACUAUGGCUAAAUGCACAUAUAUAUAGGGCUUCGGCAGUCUUAGCUUCCAAUAACUGUAUCUUUACUUACUUUAUUUUUGCUGUAAAUUUGAUUUUUAAAAUUUUUUCGGCAGAGUUGCUUGCUUUGAAGAAAAAUAAUUUAAUUAAUUUUGAAAGGAAUUAAAUUCCUCUGUUUUUUUAUGCUCUUUGCCUGCUUUUCCUUUUUUCUCAAAAACUCUCUUUGCUCUCUUGUUUAGGGAUGCCAAUAAAUGAAAUUGGUUUAUUGUACAAUUGUUAAACAACAGUUUAAAGGAACUUCUCUCUCUGUCUAUUUCUCUUAAAUAUAUGAAUUUAAUCUGAAUUUAAUCAUUUUUUCCUGCUAUAGUAGCUGUCUCUUCGUAUAUUUUAUGUGACAUUUAGUUUGUAGUGUUGAAUUAGAUAUCAUUGAAUACCUCGUUGUUUUUAAAACACAAACUUCUUUAUAAUUGUUUAAAUUUAGAUUUUAGUGAAACUAUUUGGCUUUAUUAUCUUGCCUUAGGCAUUGGAAUUUUCCAACAAUUUGUCCUGUAAAGGCCUAGUUAAAUAAAAAGAUGCAGUUUAGGGGAAAUUAAAAACAAAAAAAAAAACAAAAA